UUGGCGCGCAGCUUGUUUGUUGUGGAAUUUUAUUUAUACAAUAAUUAUUCGUGAUAUUCAAUAUUUUGUGAUGACAAAUCACAUUUUUAUUAUGUUUUAAAUAAUUCGUUUUAUAACAUGAAAGAUUUGACCCAUUAUUUUGUGAGUCCAACUGGAAAAAAUAAAAAAACGAGUUUAAAUAAUGAAGAAGAGGAAAAUGCAAUAAUUAAGGAAGAUGUGGUGUUGGUGGAUACGGCAGAGGACAAAACGGAUAAAAGAAAUAGCGGCAGUAGCAAAGAAAAUACAGACAUAAACAUUGAAGAUGAAAAAAGUGGAUUAAAUGUUAACAUGGAGCCUGUGAAAACAUAUAAAGGCAAAAAACGUGGUAGAAAGAAGAAAGUUGGUAGAAAACACUCGGAUCCAGCUGUAAAAAAUAUUACCGAACUACUAUCCAAUAGUUUAAACCUUAUUUCCCCCAACGGCAGCUUCAGUGAAAAUGUUACUGAAAUAGCAGAAAAAAUUAAGGAAGCUACAAGUGUAAUUGAAGAAAACCCUGUAAUUAUAGAAGAUCAGGAAGAAUUAUCACCAAAAAAGAAUGCUUUUCAAUUUAUAAUGGAGUCAAGGAAACUAAGUAUUGGGAUGAACUCUUCUGGUAAAGAAAAGGAAGAAUUGUCACCAAGUACAGAAUGUAAGGAAAAAUUGAAAGCUAGAAAGAGCCUUUUAGAAUCAUGGGCAGAAAUAAAAGGCGCCUCAAAGAGGAAACGGCAAGAAGAAGAGAAGGAAAUUUUUAUAGACCACCAAAUGCAAAAAAGGGCCAAAAGGCUGAAGAAUUUGCUGCAGUUGGAUGAAAGUGAAGAGACACCAGCAAAUAAAAGAAAAAGAAACACCAGGAGAAUAUCUGAAUCGGAUGAUUCAGAAGGUAUUGAAGAAAGUAGCAAAAGUUCUGGAAACUUGCUCAGUUUCUUAGGUACCAUUAAAAAAACUGAAAAAGAAAUAGAAGUUGUUGAGGAAACGCCAAAUGAAAUAUUCAAAGUUAAAAUGUUUACACCAAAAAAAUCCAAAAAAACUAAAAAAUCAAGACUUAACAAAAAAUCACCCAAAAAGAAAAAGGAAGACCCCCUUCUGGCACCAGAAAAUCCUGCUGAAGAAACAAAUGUUUUAUGUGAAGAUACUGCUUCAAAUGAUUCAGUAAAACCUAAAAGAGGUAGAAAAAAGAAGAUUCUUGAAAAUUCCAAACCAAUUAUAGUUGAUGAAGAAAGUUGUGAUUCUGUAAAGCCUAAAAGAGGAAGAAAGAAGAAAGUAGCAAUAAUUGAUGAUUCCAGUCAAGAUACUCAACUUUCUUUGACACCAAAAUCAGCAAAACAGGGGAAAAUAAACAUGAAAAAUAAGGAUUUGCUCAAUUCACAAAGUGAAGAAAUUGAUAAAGAUAAAAGAGUAUUAAGAGUGAGAAAACAGAAAAUUGUGGAGUCUGAUGAAGACUGGGAAGAGGAGAGAAAAACAACAACUAAAAAACCCUCAAAAAUCGCCCCUGUUUUCUUGAAAGCAGCCCCGAAACCAAAAAUAGACCCUGAAAUUGCCGAAGCAAGAAGACAAUUUUUAAUGAGUGGUAUACCGGAUUCUUUAAAAAAGACCAUAGAAAAACAGCAAAGCAUAGAGGAAAAGGAUUUUGAUGUUUUUCCUAGCAUUCAGCAUGUCCAACAAAAAUGUGGUUCAGAAUAUUGGAACCUCCCAAAACCAAAUUUAAAAUUAAUUAAAGAUGUACAAUUUAUUGCAUGUAAAAAUAAUAUUUUCAAAGGUUUUAUGGAAAAACAAAAAACACCUGAUCAUGUAAAAAUCCCAAAAAGGGAUAAAAUAGCAAAUUUUAAAAACCUUAUUGAAGAUAUUAAAGUUGAAAACCCCGACUAUCCUGUAUAUAAAUCAUUUAGACAAAUUUAUGAAAAAAGUGGAUAUCAAAAUGAAAAAUGUAAAACCAAAAAAAGGCGGUCCAAAAAAGGUAAAAAAUCUUUAGAUAAAAGUGUGGAAAUAGUGGAGGUUACCCCAGAGAAGAUUGACCCCACUAAGUAUGCCAUGUGGACUGACAAAUAUAAACCAAAGUCGUCUGAGGAUAUUUUGGGUAACUUUUCCAGCACCAAAGCUUUGAAAAAUUUCCUUGAAGCCUGGCUACAGUUCAGCAAAGACAUAAUAGCAAAAAAGAGGAAAAAACGUGCUGACUCCAGCGAGUCGGAAUUUGACGUCACCGACUGUGACAGCAGAGACAGUGCCUACUUCAAAUUACCGGGAAACUCUCUAAUAUUAAACGGUUCGGUGGGAUCGGGUAAAAGUGCCGCCGUUUAUGCGGUUUGCAACGAAUUGGGUCUAAAAGUUUUGGAAAUGAACGCUUCGUCCAAAAGAACGGGUAAAAAGUUGCUGCAGGAUAUGCAGGAAGCCACGCAGUCUCACCAGGUGAAAAAUCAGUCGUCUGCAAUGCAAACCUUCUUCAAAUCCAAAGAAGCACACGUGGAGCAACCCAAAGCCGAGAAAAUGUGCGUCAUUUUGAUAGAGGACGUCGACUUGAUAUUCGAGCAAGAUGAAAGUUUUAUAACGGCUCUUUCAACGUUGGUUACGAUAACCAAAAGGCCGAUUAUCAUGACCACAACCGAUAUAGCUUCGCCGUAUGCGCAGAAGUUUGCCGCGCAGUACGAAGUAGUUAAUUUUGCGCCCUUGCAAACUUCCACUUUGUCCACGUGGUUGAAGAUUGUCUGCCUUGUAGAGGGGUUUCUGGUCGAUCAGAACUCCUUGGGGAUACUUUUGGAGGUAAACAAAGGCGACGCCAGGAAAACCCUGCUGAAUUUGCAGUUCUGGCUGCAAUCCGGAGGCCAAACAUAUCAAAAUAACGAACCUAUGAGUUGUGCUCCACAACAACGCCAAAGCUCCGAUUUUAAACCAUCAGAUGAUGUAGCAAAUGAUUUCCUGGGGGUUGAUGAGGACCCCCAGGAAAAACCACUUAUGCACUUCUAUUUACUCAACAAAACUGAUUAUAUAAUCACGCUAGGUAAUCUAUGGUGGAACACACCCAACCUUCUAUCACUGCCCAUAGAAAACACUAAGAGACUUAAUAAAUUCGGUCAAAUUAAUCUUGAUAAUACUCCAACAACGAAUGAAGAGUGCAUGCCAAAAAAGUCGAAUGGAGAUUUGGAUGAACUGAAAAAAAUUGGUCAGUUCUUCAUGCUCCACGAUACGUUAGCUUUAGUCGACGAAAUGCAAAACAAAAUUCAUUUGGAUAACACUUGGGAACCCUGUGUGAAAAACAGGAAGUUUCUUGUCAAGGAUAGUUUAAAUUUGGAUGAUAAAACGACGGAUUACACAGAAAACUAUGAUUCCAUGGACAAUUUAACUCAUACAUUAGUUGAUCUGAAUGUUGGGAUGAUCAGUGAUAACUUUUCCUGCAACAUGGUGCUUCCAGACCAAGCAGAAAAGAGAUGGAGGGCCAAAAACCACAUAUGUGAAGAUAUACUAAAAGAAGCAACGCCUUUAAGCACCAGUAAGGGUCCCUUAAGUUUGGAUUAUAUGCCUUACUUGAGGGAUAUGUCUCGCUCAGAACACCACAGAUCUUUAAAUAAUACCAAGAGAAGCAAACGUUUUUACCAUUAUUUAAAAACUGUGGGGGUUGAUUUUAACGAUGCCGCCUCCAAAUUGGCGUGUAACGUACUUUAUUAGUUGUAUAAAUUUUAUUUAGCGAACGUUAUUUAUUUUUAAAUAAAC